AUGCUUGCAAGGCCCAUGGCCUGCCUGACAAUGCUUUGGAUGACUUUCUCAAUGUCAAGUCCUGUCAAGGAGAUGUUCUUAAAUUUGAUGGCAACCCUGCUCGCAAUGCAAAGGGCCGCCAAACGAUCUGCAAGUCAGGACUUUAUUGCUUCGGAUGAUUUCAAGGGUAUCAUGAAAGAUAGAUUACGUGCAUGUUUGCUAUCACCAAACCUGACAGGAUAUGUCCUUGAGCUUGCAGACAAUGUCAUUGCCUAUGCAAAGAAACACCCUACGACUUUCAAAAUUCCUGAUGGAACUUUCGAGGAUUCAGAGAUGUCGGACGUGGUGACUACAUUCAUCGAGGAGAAUUUGACCGCACAGCGGGGGAGCAUGAAGCAAAAAAUCAAUCAUAGCCUCAAAACCAAGGCAAAUAUAUCUGUCCUCGCGAAGUCUCUAGCAUCAAUGGGUCACGAAGUUACAGUGGCACACUGGGCGCACUUUGCCUUUCUGCGCAGUACCUUUGUCAGCUUCCAGACCGUCGUUGAGCAGGCUAAGGCCACAUCGGCAGCUCAGGACAGCACUGUUGCUGUCAUGGAGAACAGGGACUCUGAAGUUAUUGACUCCCCCGAGGCCCCAGGUCCAGGUCCAGCCACAAGUGAGAAUGAAGAACCUGAUGGAGUCACAGUCGCCGAUACGAUAGAGAAGGCACGAACUGGGUAUCAACCGAAUAUUGGGAAUUUGUCGACCUUCUCCUUCGUGAUGUUUUUCACGUCAUGUCUCCAAGAUGACAUGAAGCGAUAUGUGUCUACUCACUCCCUUAUUCCAACUUUCGACAAAACCUCUGGUUCCGGUCAAUCAAAUCACUUGCUCAUCCAUUCUGUUUACAGUAAGGGUAAGAUUCAUAUUUUGCAGUAUAAUUACCACAUCCAGUCCCCUGUUAAGACACAAACCAUCCCAAAGGUCUCACAGACCCUCCUGAGAACUAACCGUGUAAUUGUGAUGUCGGAGCAAGUCCGAGAAAACUCAGGGUCACCCUCCAAUCUGCACAAUUUUGGUCACUGGCCUGUCACGCCUCGGCAUAGUAGCGGCACAAUCGACUUUCACUCUCAGAAGUCUUCCAUUAUUGGUGCCCUCCUGCAUACACAUCCUCAGUCCACACCAUGCUGCCAACUCGAAAAUCUGUAUUGCCGUGACUCACUGGUGCAAAAUAAGGGUGCCAAGAUCUUUGGGAUCUGGGUGAUUUGUGUUGGACAAAGGUUGCAAAUUGCCACAAUUUCAUCUCUUGCAACUGCAACAUUCAAGAAUAUUUUAUUCUACUUGUGUGAAACAUCAUUUAUAGAUGUUGAUGACUCAGACGAUGUCCAGCUCCCAGACAAAUAUGACCAGAUCAACACUGGUCUCAUUCCAGCAUUAUGCGCUUUGAAGGGGCAGCCCCCAACUUUGAAUUUGAAUGACCUCCCGCACACUUCAUUCCAUCAUCGUCAGCCUCUACUCAUGAAUUCAUAA